GCUUUCCAAGUGCUCAGAGGAUAUUGCAAAAUGCGCUUUCUCAAACAUCCCUGUGACUAUGGAGAAGUGGCACGCCAGUUCAGCCGGUCAGUUGUAAAUAUACGUGGACUUUCGAGUCUCUUUAAGACGUGCAGUUUUGUUUUUAUACGCUAAAAGGUUACUGAAGUACCUCACGCGCGUGAACUCAUGGGAAUUAUGCCUUAGGAACGGUGCAAACUGCAGAUAUGGGUCAUUUGCCUCUCAUGUUUCUGGUCUUUUUACUUUGGGCAGCUGAAGGUGUUGUAAUAUCAAAUAAGGAAUCUUCAGGUCUAGAGACUUGUAGAGACUUUGGCAAUGCAUUUGACCGGAUAUACACUGUACCAGGGGAUGCGACACAGUUGGAGUGCUCAUUGGAUAUUAGUCUUCUGUUUGACUCUGAGACCACUCCUUACAACAUCACGUGGUACGAUCAGAGAACCGGCUCUGAGAUUACAGAAGUGAAGGACCGCAUCAUACUGCGAGAUAAUAGACUCUGGUUCUUCAACAUCAACUCGAAGCACCAAGGAAGUUACAUUUGUGUGGUCAGAACUCCAAGUGAGUGCUACAAACAGGCGACAGUGUUGGUCGUUGAAGAAAUAACAUCAGAACUCUGUAAAAUAUCACAGGCAAGCAUACAAAAAGUCAGUGCUGGGUUGACUGAACUUCUCGCCUGCCCUUUGAGGAGCUAUUCCAGAAGAGUGGAUAGUUUUUCCUUCCAGUGGUACAAGAACUGCGAGAAGCUUCAAGAAGAUCAGAAGUUUGUGCCGAAGAACGAUAUACUGAUCAUACGUGACAUUCUCUUCGAGGAUGCUGGCUUUUACACCUGCAAAAUGAACUUUACUUUAGCUGGAGUCGUCGGUGAAAUGGCUGAAAAUAUCAAUUGUGAAGUAAUAGAUGAAUAUUUAAAGAAACCUGAAAUGGUUGAGCCGAUUAAUGAGGUCAUCAAAGUGGACCGUGGUUCGCCGUUCAUGAAGCACUGUCGUGUGUUUGUGGCGGGUAAUGGCAUUCAUAUGGUUGAAGUGAUCUGGAAAGUUUCCAAUGGCUCUGCAGAGGAAUUCAUCUCCAAAAACACGGCAGAUCGCAUUCAUCAGCAGCUUAUCAUUGAAAUUCUAGAGGAUGAUGGUAUUUGGCUGAUUCGCAGUCUCUGGGUGUCUGAGGUAUCGGAGGAUGAUUUCAAUCAGACUUUCAUCUGUAUGGCAUUCAGCUCACGAGGAACACUCACUGGCCAAUUCACACUCUUCCCGGCAGAUCCAAACUUUUUGUUGCCUCUCGGUCUUGUCUUGGGCUCGCUGGCUCUGCUGUUCAUUAUUGGAGCUCUUCUGUGGCGAUCAUUCAAGGUGGAGCUGAUUUUGUGGGUCAGGAAGAUGUUUCCAUUCUUCUACAAAACCACAGAUGGUGAUGGUAAGCAGUAUGAUGCAUACGUUGCUUAUCCGAGAGUCCUGGAAGGCUCCAGUGAAAUGGCUGAGAUUUUUGCUAUGAGCACUUUGCCCCAAGUCUUGGAGGGCCAAUAUGGUUACAAACUUUUCAUCCUUGGCCGGGACAGUCUACCUGGAGAAGCUGUGGUGGAUGUCGUGCAAGACGCUUUGAGCCGGUGUCGCAGAUUGCUUCUGCUCUAUACUGCAUCUUCACUCUGCAGCCCGGAAGCUCUGGAGUGGGCGGAGCAACAGACUGGUCUGCACCGCGCCCUGUUGGAGAAAACAAUUGGCAUUGUGCUCCUAGAGAUUGAGGAAAUUCGAGAUGCCUCACAGCUCCCGGAGUCCGUGCGCCUCAUUCGAGAAAAGCAGGGAGCUUUGCAGGCCUGGAAAAGGAGAAAGAGGUGGAUGCUCUGGGACAGGAAUUCAGAGGACUGUAGGAGCUCUCUCAACCCUUCUGCACGCUUUUGGAGAGAGGUGCACUACCACAUGCCUGUCCGAGGCAAAGCUAAAAAGAGCAACGUUUGGUUUGGUUUUUAAGUGAACACUAAAUGGAACUAUUUGAGGCCAAGUAACACUGCUUGUAUUGAUGCAGUAAAGGACCUGGUGAAGAUGUAAAGUUUUUGUUCCUACAGCUCUGCUGGUAGAGCAUGGCACUAGUGAUGCCAAGGGCAUAUGUUCGUAUCACAGGGAACACACCAACUGUUACAAAGAUACAGUAUACUUUGAAUGCACCACAAGUCAUUAUGGAUUAAAGCAUCAGCAAAAUGUGUAAAUGUACAGUAAAUGUAAGAUGUUAGUUUCGUCUUAACUAUGGAGCACAACACUGAAUGCCCACUUUUUCAGCAGCCCUGGUUUUAGACAUGCCAAAACAUUUUUCAAUAAAGCGCUUGAAGCCAUAAACCAAACAAACCAGCUCUGAGAUGAUUCACAACAUUACAAACUUUGAUUUGAAGCAAAAAAGUAUUUGGAAAUUAGGGAAAAGUUACAGUGUCCUGUGUAAUUCUUAUAUUUACAAGAAUAAUACUCAUCCCUUGAAGCAGUGCGAAUUACGUAAUUAAAUCAAAAAUAUAUUACUAUAUAUUUUAGCUUUUUUGUGAAUUAUUCAGAUGGAUCAAUGACAUUACACGUGAUACAUUUACUACACUACAUGACUCUUUUUGCUUUUUUUUAUUCCUACCGGAUCUAUAAAGUUAUUCAAAAAAAACUUAAAAAUAUUCAGUUCACACAAAACAAUUACUUGAAUACACCUACUAUGAUAAACAUGCUUCCCAUUUCUGAGUUCAAAGUCAUUUUGAAAUUUUUUCUGGGGCAAAAAUGUCAUGUGGUGUAACCGCCUGGGAACAGAAAAAAAAAAAAAAGUUCUCAUUGAAAGCUGAAAUUCUGUAAAAAAAAAUGUUGCGUAUGUAGUUGGAAUAAGAUAUGAAGCGAAACGGUAACAUAUAAAUAACAUUUGGAAAAACUUUUGGCCACCCAAUCAAAGUCAGGUGGUGUAAGCAACAUACAGAUAGUCGUUCUGUUGUUAUGUAACAAAAAAAACAUAAAAUAGACAGGACCCAUUUAGACCCUCAAGACUGUUAAUAAUAAUAAUAAUAAUAAAAAACUUUAUUUUUAUUUAGCACCUUUAAAUGUUGCUUCUCAAUGCGCUUUACAAAUAAAGACAAAAUACAGAAUAUAAAAUAUGCGAAUACAUAUAAAAACCUGAUUUAAAAUACUAAUAUAUAUAUAUAUAUAUAUAUUAUUUUUUUUUAUUUUUUUUUUUAAUUAUUAUUAUUAUUUUUUUUAUAUUCAAGUCAAAUUGAGUGACCCUAAGAAAGCUUCUUGAUAUUUGUGAUUAAAAAAUCAAUAAUAUUUGUUUAAAAUAUACUCACAUACUCACGUGUAUUCAAGGUGCAGGGAAAAUAUUUUAACACAUUUUACUUCUUAUUUUAAAGUCAUUAAACCAAUUUUUUUUUUAUCACAUUUUUAUUGUCUUGGACAACUUUUUUGGGUUUACGACACAUAUACAACUAUAUACGUUGUUUGAGAGUAUAAGGAGACUAACUCGUUGAACUUUAUUCGCAAUGCUUCAUGAAGUGGACGCUCUUUUGCCCUGAUUUCCAUUUCCUUGGCAACUGCAAUUUCUCAGAUUGGUUUGAGAUCUCUUCUGAAUCAUGCAUAGUGUAGUUCCUCACCGGGAAUUUGGCAAUUAAACAUGAUUUUAUGAAAAUGAAGUUGAAAUCACAAUGACUUGUUGCUUCUACAGAAGCAUAAAUAUCAUUGCUGAACAAUCUCGGAGCUCAUGGUAUGUUUGUCUUAAAAGCUUUAUAUGUUUUUGCAACAAAUCUACAGUAUUUGUCUUUGGAGAAAAUAAAUGCAAUUUUUACUUUCGGAACUCUGCUGUUGCUCUGAUAACAAAAAUGUCCUUAAGAUGUAUCCUAAUGUCUGUUGUCCACUGAAUACAUUGUGAGAAUGAAUUCGUCUUUUCAGGUUUACAUGAGAGACAUUUUUGGGUGAACUAUCCUUUUAACAGUAUCUUUUUUUACUUUUCUGUUUGUCCAACAAGUGGCAGACAUGGGGAGUGUUUGGGGAAUCUUGUAUGAAAACGAUCAUUAUUUUUUGCAAUUCCAUUUAGUGCCUCUAGAAGCACAUAAAUUGCACCCUUCAGACUGGCCCAGAUACAGUUUUCUCUGGUUUCAGUACAAUGCAACCAGCCCUUUAUCUCUCUAUAGGAGUUUCUGUGUUAUUGUGAACCACAGACUUCAGUCAGAUCAUGCAAAAACUCCCCAGUCUUAAGGCACAAAGCAGGAUAUGCUCCUGAUAUAUUAAACACAAUAUAGAUUUAUAAAGAAAACCGAUCACUGAUCAAGGCCUAUAGUUAGAGGCUAAAAAGCAAUCAUCUACGACUCAUGAGCAGAACCUUAGAUUCAAAGUAACUCUUGAGCUACUGUAUAUUGUUCUUUAGAGCUUGAAAUCUGUGAUGUUUCAUUACAGGUUCUUCAGUUCAACAUGUAAUAUGGGGUUGUAUGAGAACCACAAAAUUGCAACACAUUUAAAACAAACAAAUGAAAUUUAUUCGCUCUUAAACUACAAAAGGCAACAAAUUUGGAGGGAAAAUACUGACUAUUUUAAUUUCCCAGUACACCAAAGUCACCGAACAUGGUCACUGGUCUAAUGGCAUUGUUUUGCAUCAAUGUUUGCAAUCUUAUUUGAGUUAUGCACUUAAGUAUUUGACCAGUAGUAUGUUUAGUUAGAGAAAUGCAUUUAAAAUUACAUUUGAGACACUUUUUCUGAAUGUUGCAAAAAAUAAACACAAUUAUUUUUCCACUUAAUUAUUUUCAGCAUUGCCUAAUGAAUCUUUAGAGGUGUCAGAGGGCUGCUCAAAGUCAAAACCUAGCCUUUAUACUUCAUUAUAUCAGUCAUCAAAUUCUGCAACAUUUUACCCCAUUUUCCCCCUAAAACAAAAUACACUGACAUUUAUAACCAGUGACUUCCUUGAAAGAAAAUCAAUACCAGCGCUUGGACUCUCUGUUUAAGUUAAAGCAUAGAUUUCUACAGAACUAAAGAAUAACAAAUAAUAAAAAAAAAAAGAUAUUUGUAGAACAUUUUGAGGAAUAGAUUCACAUAUGUCAAAAAGCAGUACAAUCCUUUUUGGUUUCAAAGGAUACAUUUAUGAUUAAAAGUCCCAAGUUGAGCAUUUUCAAAAACAGAAGUUACACAUAUUUCCUGAGGCAGUGGGGACGGAUAUUGUAUACAGCAAAAUGUUGGGUUGAAAAUAACACAAUUUGGGUUGUUUUGCAACCCACAGCUGGGUCAAAUAUGGACAAACCCAACCGUGGGUUAUUUUGACCUAGCAUACUGGGUUGUACAACCAACUCAACUCUAUGGGUUGAUUAUCUAACCCAUCUUAUGGGUAGUGAUAAUUUUAUGCUGGGUUGCAACAACCCAAUGUGUAGGUAAUGUGUUUCAAGCUGUGUAUGAAGGGUUUGAAAGGACCAUAUCAGUAUUCUGCAGUUUUUGUGAAUUUAUAACAACUCGGGUUUACUUUGCAUUACUGCAGAGUAUGUCAUAGUUUCAUAUUUUACUACCUUCCAUUAUUGUAACUAUAUACAGACAAAAAAAUAGAAAGCGUAUUUCAUAGAGAAAGCAUGUAAUUAUCAGAAGUCAUUCUCAAUUAACAAUAAAACAGCAUAUAAACCAUCUCA